ACGCCGGCCGUGCGGUCGUUGGAGUAGACAGCGGCGGCCACGGCCGCGAAGCUGAAUUCUUCACCGCUAGCUCGGAGCUCCUCUCCAACUCCGUCCACCUCGAUCUCCAACGCCGGUGAUACACUGUGAAAUUCCUUUUGCGCCCAUGCUCCUCUCCUCUCAACUAAUUCGCUUUUGUCGGUGCGGUCCACAUUAGAAGUAGGUAGGCCAUGUCGCCACCUUGUAUGGACCGCUGGAUCCGCCGGAGACGCCCGCCGUCGAUGUUGGUGCACGCAGGCGACGGCUUGGGUGUGGGGCUAGCAGCGUGCACCUGCCGUUCCGGUACGGCCGAUGGCGCACGACUCUGCGUCAUCCCGCCGGUGACCCGCCGGCUAAUCCCUUUCGUGCGCAGCGCAGCGCACACUCCUCUCCUCUCCCUCUACCUUCCCCUCAUGUUUAUUUGCCCCUCGGUUAAUCUGUUAUAUAGAGCAUGUUAGCCAACACUCCCUGAAUUGAACACCAGCUGGCUUCUGAAUUUGCAUCCGUGAUUGAAUCCUAGUAGGUUGAGCAUGUCUUAUCACAUCACAUAAUAGAUAUAUUAAUAUAACAUGUGUUGAAUAUAUCAAUUCAAGUAUUUAGUUUUUUUUAUGUAUGUCACCGGCGUUGAUGAAGAUCUGAAAGAGAUCCUGAACCAGUUAAUAUAUAUUUAGAUUUAGUUUUAGAAUUUAUCAACAUUUCAAUAAUUUGAUCCAUCUAUCAUGUAUGAAGAAACAUGCAAAAUAAACUGAAAGAAGAUCCUGAGCUAUUUCGAUUGGCACAAACAUUCGUCAUACACACCAUUCUUUGUUACGGCUGUCAACAUUUUGCUAUCAAACUAAUUACUUUUUUUGGCUCAAACUAACUAGAGUUGAACACGCAUCUCUCUUUCUGCCUUAGUUAUUUUUUUAUGUAAAGUAUAUAAUAAUUGACAUACUAAUGAUUGAACACUAAUGAAUAAUGCAUCUGCAGCUUCUGGCACACCCUUGAGUUGACUAGACACAAGCCUCUCCACACGUACGCAACCCGGCCGCUGAGAGAAUGGUUCUGCAGUUCUGGAGGCGUCCUGCAGCGACGCAGCAUAUUGCGGCUGAUGAGCAAGCCAUAGUCCACGGCCUUACUGAAGAUACCAUGGCAAGGAUGUGGGCUAGCAGAAGGACAUGGGAGGACGAACAACUGUACUUAGUCCAUGAUCAGGGCAUUCCGGGCAACAGUCAUCGUACUACUCUGGCCGUGAAGAAGUUCCAGAGCAUGAACCCAGCACUGCAAGUACACGACAAUGUCAAGUACCACUACAAUUUGGAGAUGAUCCUGUUAGCCAGCAAUUCUCACGUCAACAUCAUCAAAGUCGCAGACCUCAUCCAGAGGGAAGACGCGAUCAUGCUCGUUUACGAGUAUCCGGUGAAUGGCAAUCUUCGAUCCUGGCUGCACCAACCCAUGCAUCUCGGUCAGCCGCUGAGCUGGCCGCAGAGGAGGGCCAUCGCCAUCGGCGUGGCCAAAGGGCUCUGCCACUUGCACCAUGGGUGCAAGAAGCCAAUUGUCCACCAUAACAUCAGCCCUAACAACAUCUUGCUUGAUCAGAAUUUCAAGCCCGUGAUAGCAGGUUUUGAUGGUGCGCACAUGAACAUGGCCGGGCUCGGCCAACCGCUACCAAUCACGGACCUGCCUCCGGGUAACUUUGGGUAUGCAGCUCCAGAGUAUGGGAGAGCGACAAACCAAGUAACAGAGAAGGUGGAUAUUUACAGCUUUGGUGUGGUCUUGUUGGAGCUAGUCACGGCACGAGUGGCCAAUGGACGUGGAGCGAAUGGUCUAUUGGCAACUUGGGCACAGAAGACGUGCAAUGAACUGAUGGCAAACAAUCUGAAAAUGUUCAAGAUUACCGUCGACAAGGGCAUCCCAGAUCAAGGACGAUACAUGAAGGAGAUGGCGACCAUGUUCAGGCUGGGAGUGGAUUGCACCGUCAUGGAUCCGCUGGAAAGGCCUUCAAUGCUCAAGGUUCUCGAGCGACUCCGCCGUGGGCGUUCUCCAUUCCGUGGCCUCCUCACCUUCUAGUUACCGUGAGGUCACCUGCAAUCUUACAAAGUUCAAAUCUCUUUUUCCCUUGAUUGAUCGUCCUGAUUUUUGGUGUGUUUAAGCCUCCUGUUCUGGGUUUUUGAUUGGGGCAUUUGCUACUUCUUGAGCAGCAUCGGCAACCCUUGAGUGCCUUUUGGUUUGAGCUUUGGGAUAGUAAUGUGUUAGAGACUUAGAGUUAUA